CUCCUAUCUCUCGCUCAAUCAAGGUCGCCCGUAUCUCUCUCCAUUCCCAUUCUCCCUCUCUCUCUCCCUCUCUCCGGCGAUGGAUCCAGUGAACGAUUGGGGCAACACACCUCUCCAAACUCUAGAUCCGGAAAUCCAUGACCUCAUUGAGAAGGAGAAGCGCCGACAAUGCCGCGGCAUCGAGCUUAUAGCCUCCGAGAACUUCACCUCCUUCGCUGUUAUCGAGGCUCUCGGGAGUCCCUUGACCAACAAGUACUCCGAGGGCUUGCCCGGUAACCGCUACUACGGUGGAAACGAGUUUAUUGACGAGAUCGAGAACCUCUGCAGGUCACGUGCACUCCAGGUCUUUCAUCUCGAUCCUACCAAGUGGGGCGUCAAUGUCCAGCCUUACUCUGGUUCUCCGGCCAAUUUCGCUGCCUACACGGCGGUGCUCGAGCCUCAUGACAGGAUCAUGGGGUUGGAUCUUCCAUCCGGUGGCCACCUCACUCAUGGAUACUAUACAUCUGGUGGUAAGAAGAUCUCGGCUACCUCGAUUUACUUCGAGAGUUUGCCUUACAAGGUGAAUUUCUCCACUGGUUAUAUUGAUUACGACAAGCUUGAGGAGAAGGCAAUGGAUUUCAGGCCUAGGUUGAUUAUUUGUGGAGGGAGUGCGUACCCAAGGGAUUGGGAUUACGCUAGGUUUAGGAGCAUUGCGGACAAGGUUGGGGCACUCUUGCUCUGCGAUAUGGCUCACAUUAGUGGCCUUGUUGCUGCUCAGGAAGCUGCCAACCCCUUUGAGUUUUGUGAUAUAGUCACCACCACUACCCACAAGAGCUUGAGAGGUCCUAGGGCUGGUAUGAUCUUUUACCGAAAGGGACCUAAACCACCCAAGAAAGGCCAGCCAGAAGGUGCAGUGUAUGACUUUGAAGACAAGAUCAACUUUGCUGUUUUUCCCUCCCUUCAGGGUGGUCCCCACAAUCAUCAGAUUGGUGCCUUGGCUGUUGCACUGAAACAGGCUAUGACACCUGGAUUCAAGGCAUAUGCUAAGCAAGUCAAAGCCAAUGCAGUUGCUCUGGGAAACUUUUUGAUGAGCAAAGGAUAUAAAAUGGUUACUGAAGGAACUGAAAACCACCUUGUUCUGUGGGAUCUUCGUCCCCUUGGACUGACUGGGAACAAGGUUGAGAAGCUUUGCGACCUCUGCAACAUUACUGUGAACAAGAAUGCUGUGUUUGGUGACAGCAGUGCUCUGGCUCCUGGGGGAGUUAGAAUUGGUACUCCAGCCAUGACUUCAAGAGGCUUGGUUGAGAAGGACUUCGAGCAGAUUGGAGAGUUCCUCCACCGUGCUGUGGAUCUCACUUUGAGCAUCCAAAAGGAGUAUGGUAAGCUCUUAAAGGAUUUUAACAAGGGCUUGGUGAACAAUAAAGACAUGGAUGCCCUAAGGGCUGAUGUUGAGAAGUUUUCAGCCUCGUUUGACAUGCCUGGCUUCCUCAUGUCUGAGAUGAAAUACAAAGAUUAGGCCAAGUGUUAAGUAGUAUUUCUACGACAUAUCUGCAUCCUUGGAAAGUCCUCUGUUUGAUUUUCUGUCUGGUAGGCUAUUAGAGCCCAUUUUGUUUUAAAUAUUUUGUUGGUCAACAUGUUUGGGGAAGUUUGAUUCUACAAUCUCCCAAGUCCCAAUAUCGUAUGUAUUUGUUAUUUCGUCUUCGCUCAUCAACAAUAAGAAAGAAAGAAAGGGUUCUCUCUUUUAAUUUUGCUUCA